UGACCGCAACCAUCUGGGCUCCUUGAUGAAAAGUGAAAGUGAUCAACACAAGAACAUAAUGCCAUCGAUCGCCGAGAAAGCGCCUCGCCGUCAGCUAGAGCGCUAGCUAGCUGUCGCGAUGGCGGACUCAACCGCGAGGCCCGCCGUACCGACGCUCGAGAUCACCGAGGCGACUGGCAAGGCGGACGGGGACCCCGAGCCGUAUGUGCCGAACGGAGCGGCUGCGAGUGCCGGUGAGGGCGGGGCGCAGCUUGCACCGCCCUGCACGGGGAGCCCUACGGGGGAGGGGCCGCGGCCGAGGCGGAGCAGUCUGAAAAAGAGAUCUGUUGGAGAGGUGGUACCCACUGAGAAAAAGUCAGUAUCCUUCACCAGUAUGCCCAGUGAAAAGACCAUCGCCAACGCCUCAGAUUGCCUACAAAUCAUGCAAAACGGCACGGAACUGAUCAAAAUCCGUUCCAACGUACGACAGUACCAGAGACUCUUUCUGUUGGACCAGGGCUCGGGCGCGAUACGAUGGCAGCCGAGCAAGAAAGGGGACAAGGCAAGAAUCCCCGUAGAAUCCAUAAAGGAGGUUCGACGGGGUAAGCACACGGACACUUUUCGGAAUGUUGGCGUGCAGUACCCCGACGAGUGUUCUUUUUCGAUUAUCCACGGGAAUGAGUUUGAGACGUUAGAUCUUGUUGCGUAUACACCUGACGAAGCCAACAUCUGGAUAACCGGACUAACAUGCCUGAUAAGUCAAGGAGAUUCACGGGUAGGGGAAAAUGCGAUAGAGGCAACGGAAGAAGUGAAAGACACAUUACGAGAUUCCUGGCUGAAGAAGUCUUUCCGAAGCCUCGAUAAAUCGAAUUCUGGAUUUCUGGAGUCGGACCAAAUCAUAUCCUUGGCAAUGCAGAUAGACUGUGACAUAAGCAUUGCACGCGUCAAGCACAAGUUAAAGGAACUCAGCGUAUCAAGGGGUGAGGACAACACCAAUGCAAAACUGAAAGUGUCCAGCUCAGAGUUUGUGGAACUCUUUAAGGAAGUGUCGACUAGGCCCGAGAUUUACUUUCUGAUGGUUAGGUACGGUUGCAGGGACUUUCUGACAGCAGGGGACUUGCACCUAUUCCUAGAGGCUGAACAAGGUAUGUCCAACGUAACCAAAGAAAAAUGUUUGGAAAUCAUAAGCACCUUUGAGCCUUCAGAAGAGGGGAGGGACAGGGCACAGAUUGGGAUCGAUGGCUUCACGAAAUACCUCUUGUCAUCCGAGUGUGACAUCUUUGAUGAAGAACACAGUAAGAUCCACCAGGAUAUGACCCAUCCUCUGUCGCAUUACUACGUGUUUUCCUCCCACGACUCAUACUUGUUACCUGGCGUGGAGUACGUGCCAAGUCUCAACGCGUACGCGAGAUUGCUACAGCGAGGAUGCCGGUACGUGGAACUCGUGUGUUGGGAUGGAGAGCACGGGGACGAUGAGCCAUUGGUCUGUCACCACCCCUCGGAAACCACGCGCCUACGCUUCAGAUCGGUGGUGGAGAUAAUAGCACAGUAUGCAUUUCAAGCCUCAGACUAUCCGCUAAUCAUAGGUAUUGACAACCACUGCUGUGAAGAGCAACAGAUCAAGAUCGUGAACUACAUAGCAGCAACAUUUGGUGACAUGCUGGUCAGGUCCAUUGUGGAGGAGGGGGGUGUUCAACUGCCAUCCCCUUAUGAUUUGAAGAAAAAGGUGCUGGUUAUGGGGAAGAAAAAUGUCCUACCCAUGACCUCUACCCAGAGUUCCUCAUCUUUGUCCUCCACGAAUGACAUGCAGAAUGCCUUGUCAACGGUCAAGGUCAAAAGGGAGAAAGGGAGACCACCCCUCUGUAAGGAGUUAGCUGACCUCAUUGUUCUGUGCAAGUCUGACAAGAUCGAAGACCUGCCCACCUCAGCCUCCGAAUCUUGUGCCCAGUAUGUCUGCUCCUUCAGCCAAUCAGGAGCCAUCAGACUGGCAGUCUCGUUCCCAGAGGAGUUUGUGAACUACAACAAGAAGUACAUGAGUGAAGUCCACCCUGACAGUAACAAGGAUGAAGAUGCGAUCAACUAUAACCCACAGGACUACUGGAACUGUGGCUGCCAGAUUGUAACAGUGAACUACCACAUGCCAGGCUUGAUGACAGACCUCAACGACGGGCGCUUUCUAGAAAACGGAAGCUGUGGCUACGUCCUGAAACCGUCCAUCAUGAGGGACGAGAUAGCGUACUUCAGCGCGAACACCCGAGAAGGCCUACCGGGCGUGACGCCGCAAAUUCUCCACGUGAGGAUCAUAAGCGGGCAGCAGUUUCCCAAGCCUCGCGGGUCCACGGCAAAAGGCGACAUCAUCGAUCCGUAUAUCGUGCUGGAGAUUUUUGGAAUUCCCGCGGACUGCGUAGAAGCAAGGACUAGAGCUGUUCCGCAGAACGGCUAUAAUCCUGUGUUUGACGAAAGUUUUGAGUUUCAGAUCAAUUUCCCAGAAGUGGCUUUGGUUCGAUUCGUGGUCUUGGAUGAGGAGUUCAUCGGAGAUGACUUCAUUGGACAGUGCACUAUUCCGUUUGAAUGUUUGCAAACAGGUUACAGACACAUUCGACUGAUGUCCAGUACAGGAGACCAACUGGAAAGUGCCACCCUUUUCGUCCACAUAGCCAUAACGAACAAGAGAGGAGGGGGCAAGCCUACCAAAAGGGGCCUUUCAGUUAAGAAGUCUAAGAAGCGCCAGGAGUACACAUCUCUAAGGAAUGUGGGGGUCAGAAUCAUCGACGACUGCUUUAAGGGUGCAACACCACCACUCCAAGAAGCAGCCAAACUACGAGAAAAUGUCCAGGUUGCCAUGACGAUGUUCAAGGAAUCCUGCGGUGUCCCCCAGAUUUCUACGCUCAUGCAGUGCGUCCGUACGCUCAUCUCACGUUUCACGGCAACGGGGGACGUCUCCAUCGUCCUGAAAGGAGACGGACAGUUCCCCAUCCUGGAGGCUUCUGGGAAUGCUCCAGAAGUUCUGAAGAAAGCUUUGUCAGCCUUUGAUGUUGUGGUAUCCACGGGGUGUUCUUUGGUUGACAAGGCUGACAGCCUCCGCCAAGAGAUGCUGGACAGGAGAAAAGCAGGUCUGGAGUUCCAUGGGAAGCUACAGGAGCUGAGUUCCAAGGAGGGACUGAAGGGCCGAAAGCUGACCCGAGCUCUUGAGAACUUUGCGUGGAACAUCCGGGUACUCCAAGGUCAAGCCGACCUCAUCCAAGCUGCCAAAAACGAAUGUCUGGACAAUAUGAAGCAAGUGCAAGAAACUGCUGUGGCGACAGGCGUCAUAGUGGAGACCAAGGGAGAAACGAAACCCACCUAGGCUGGAUUGCAGUUUAAGGUGGAAGGCUAAUAUUGAUAGUGUAACAAGUUUGAAACUGAAGAAAGCUGCUGUUUUUAAUCUCCAUGCAGAGGUAUUGGGUUUGGCUUUGCUUGUU